AUGUCGGCGAUGACAGGGCUACAUCAGGAGCAGCAUGUCGCUUUCUUUACCUGCUUGUCUUGCACCACUGCAUUCACAUCUGCGGAAGACCAACGCGAGCACUACAAGUCUGAUCAUCACAGGUAUAACAUGAAACGGCGUGUGGCGGGCCUGCCUCCCGUCAGCGCGACCGUCUUCAAUCAAAAAGUGCUUGAACGGAAAGCAGAGACGGCCAUUACAGUCUCUCCAAAAGGAUCUACCUGCGACGCAUGCGGCAAGUCGUACACGACAGAGAAUGCCUACCGAAAUCACCUCAGCUCCCGCAAACACAGGGAAAGCGAGCUCAAGGCUGCGUCGAACUUAAAAGUACCAUAUACAGAAAGAACGGCUGGUGGGACCCCCACAGAAGUAUCAACAGAGCUUGCUGAGGUCCCUUCACAACGGCCGAUUACCGUCGCACUCUCUGUAGAUGCGAACGCUACUAAAGAGCAAAUUGAACAGACCAUCGACGAGAAGGUCGCAGCCGCUCGCGCACGCCUCUCACCUAAUCAAUGUCUCUUUUGCUCAUCAUCAUCGGAUUCUCCACAAGACAACCUCACACACAUGUUAAAUGUACAUUCAUUCUUCGUCCCCGACGCCGAAUUCCUCGUCGACUUAGUCGGACUCAUCGCCUAUCUUGGCGAGAAGAUCGCUGUCGGCAACGUGUGCAUCUAUUGCAACCAGCGGGGGCGGGAGUUUCGCACGCAUGAAGCCGUCCGGAAGCACAUGAUUGACAAGGGACACUGCAAGGUCGCGUAUGACUCUGAGGAGGAACGGCUCGAGGUGUCCGACUUCUACGACUUCACGUCGUCGUACCCGGAUGCGCAGGAGCCAAAAAAGAAGAAUAAGCACGCGAAGGCUGAAGGCGAGACGGACACUCACGAGGAGUGGGAGGAGAUGGACGUGGAUGACGAAGGCGACGUGGAUGAGGUGGUCGACGAGGAGUCUAGCGAUGAGGAGUCCGAGGCGGAAGACGAUCUCCUCGACAACCAGGUAACGUACGGCGAUUCACAGUACGAACUUGUCCUCCCCUCUGGCGCACGCAUCGGCCACCGUUCCAUGCGUCUGUACUACGAACAGUCGUUGCCGCGCAUACCGCGUUCUGGCAAAGCACAGGACCCCAACUCGGGUGCCGCCCUCGUUCGACGGCUGCUCGCCGACAGUAACAAUGCUCUCGUUCCUCGGAAGGGUGGGUUCGGCGCCUUUGGCGCCGGCACGGACGUGGUGAAGGCGCGGAAUCGGGGCGAAGCACGCGAGGCUGGCCGGCAUGUGCGCGAGUUCAGGGAUCAGCGCCGGAGAGAGGACUUCAAGACGAAGAUUGGCUUUAUUAACAACAAUCAGAAGCACUUCCGAGAUCCGCUGUUGCAAGUGAGUUGA